AUGACAUACUCAGCCCUUCUAAAUGACAUCCUCACCCCAGCCCUUCUAUCUGCCUCCAAGGAGAACCAAGCGCCAAAUCCACCUUCACAGAAGGGGCCUCACUCUUGGACCCUGGAGCAGAAGACAAAACUCCUGGAGUUGAUAGUCGACUACACUCAACGGGGUCAUGCGACGGACAAUUCCAACUUGAAAAGGGAUGCAUGGGCCGCUGUCACCAAGGACUUGAAUGCCACCUUUGACAUCAGCCUUGACCUCCAGCAGCUCCAAAAUCAGAAGGCCGAAAUCCGAAAGGUCUACCAGGACUUCAAAUUCCUGCGUGAGCAGUCAGGUUUUGGCUGGAACAAAGACCUGGCGACCCCAACGGCCGACCCCAAAACUUGGGAUGAGCUGUGCUCAGCCCACCCAAAACAACACUUCAACAAGCUCAAGGGGAAAUCUUUCUCCUUGAGGCUUGUACAACCUAGCUGA